GAAGCCUACACAAUUGUCGUCCUUUUAUUCCUUUCUGUGUUUACAUAAAGAGGGAGAAAAAGGAUGGUUGAAUAAAGAAAAACACAGCUGUCAGACGUGACUUUUAAAAAGUUCAUUUUGCAUAAAAGUAUUCUUUUUCUUUUUUUCAACUCUUGAUGUCUGUGCAAUUACUAGACAAGUUAACUAUUCGACAUUUACAUUCUGGACAAGUCAUUGUCGAUGUUGAGUCUAUAGUAAAAGAACUUGUUGAAAACUCACUAGACGCUUUGGCUACUGUUGUAGAGAUAAGACUCAUAGACCACGGUUUACACUCAAUACAGGUGAAGGAUAAUGGCUCUGGCAUUGAUGAAAAGGAUCGUCCAUGGAUAGCCAAACCUCACUCUACUUCUAAAAUAAAAAGCUUUCAAGACCUCGAAAACAUUGAAACAUUUGGGUUUCGAGGAGAAGCACUGCAUUCGAUAUGUACCAUAGCCAAAGAUAUGUCACUGACCACAAAGACAAGGAACGAUUCAGUUUCGAAGAAAUAUGAUAUUGAUUCAACUGGGAGCUUGAUCAAUGAGCAAUCUGUCACUGUGUUUGCAGAAACAGGCACAAUGAUAACCAUUCAACAACCAUUUAUCAAUUUACCAGUUAGACGACAGCUGGCACAGAAAAAUGCACCAGCCAUUGCAAAGAGAGUACAGGAUGUAAUAGUAAAGUAUGCCCUGGCUCAUCCUUCGAUACGCUUUCUACUUUAUGAUGCACCUCAAUCAGCUGGAAAACCAUCUGUAUGGAUAAAACCACCCACGUCAGAUAUAGAGGGAUCUAUAACUACCAUCUUUGGAUCCCAAUUAUCUAAAAUGUUGGAACGAUGUAUUGAAACUGACCCUCAGCAUACUUCAUUGACAGUAGAUGUCUUGUUGCCAAAGAAGAAUUCAGAUCCUUCCGUCAUCCUGAAAGGGAAUGAUCGUGUUUUCUUUUAUGUUAAUCAGCGUCCCAUUCAUUAUGUGAAAUCAGAAUUAAAAGAGUUGGUGACAACCAUAAGGACUCGAUACAGAGAAGUAGUCGGACUGAGUGAAGCUGUUAGUUCUAAAAAGACUCCCUUCAUUUAUAUCGAUAUUCAAUUGCCUCCAGAUGAAAUUGAUGUCAAUGUUGAGCCAAAUAAAACAGCAGUUCUGUUUCAUAACAAGCAAAGAGUGAUCAAUCACGUUGAAUCUAUUCUAGAAAAAAUAUAUCCAUCUAGGAUAGAAUCAUUCUUUCAGCAGCCCUUAAAACCAGUGAACGUAUCAGCAGUAGACAAGUCGCAGGAAAGACCUCAGCAGGCUGGCAAAGAAAACAAUAAGUACGCAGCUGCCAAAGAUAUCACAAACUGGCAAAUAGAACCUUCAUCUAAGCCUAAAGAGAGUAAUAACAAUAGUAGUUUACCACCUGUAAAUAAGUCAGUAACGCUUCCAUACAAAUCACCUUUGAAAAAAACGCCCAUCGAGACCAAUUAUUCCGAUCCUGCAAAAUCAAUACCAUCAACCAGUGCACCUACUACACAAAAGGUUAUCCAUGCUCCUGCUGAUGCAUCUUUUGUAUCAUCCAUACCUAAAAAUGGUACAGCUAGUGUUGUCCAUACUCCGAUGGCAAUCGUUUCAGAGCUUUCAAAUAGAAACAAAGAAACCUCACAUUCAACAACUUCCAUAGCUUCUCUUUUCAAGCGGCCAUCUAAAGCGACACCGAGGCUGAUCCCUAAAGCCUCUUCCCAUCAAUUACCGGCGCCCAGGGAACCGAUUAGAAAUAACCCACCUCCUUCCAAGAGCCUCUUGGAGAUGUUUGGCGCAAGAGCAGAUACCCCACAACAAAUCCCUCAAAAACGUGCAUUACCAACAGUUGAGCAACCAACGACACCUAAGCGCAACAAAAGUACACUCAAUGAGACGAUGACGAUCGAUGUCGAUAUAAACAUGAUUCGUUCUAAUUAUGCCAAACGCAAAGAGCAGCUAGCAAAGACGUACCAUAUAAGUAUUGAAGAUUAUGUGAUGAUGCAGUUAGAUGGAACACCAUUUACACAGUUUAUAAACUAUUCAGAUCAGUUUACCUUUUUUAUCAAAGGUAUACGGCCUACGGACGAUCAGAGAAUUCACAAGCUCACACAAUUGGGUUUAUUGAAAAUGAAAGAGUAAGUGUUUGAAGUGUUCAGCGGGUGUUCAUUCAUUUACCAUGU